AGGGGGCAGAUACGGAGCGCGCGAGCGAGAAACAAAACGUGACUAGGCACCCAAAGACUUCUGUUAUGCAACUACUGACCUACUAACAUACAAUUGGAGACAUUGAGAGAGCAAGGAGGAAAUUGUAGCAAGUCCCUAACGUAAUAAGAGAACAGAUUCAAAAUAAGCGACACAGAAUUCAUGCUCACAUACAGGCACUUAUCACAGAGCUCGCACUGUACUUGAAGGACGAUCGUACAUUUUAAUUCGAUAGUAAUCAGAAAUAGGAAUUGUUGAACAGAAACGUGGCUGUUAUAUUAGACUUCGCACUGUGGGCUUUUAUUUACACAUACACGCCUUUCAUCUUGCAACUUACUGGAGAAGGAGAGAGGUAGCGCUCUUUCAAAGAGACUGACAAGCCGAGAUAGACUGAGUGACCUACAUCCUGCAACACGCCUGGAGCCGUAGAACACUUCUCUGUCUGCUCAGCACAGCGCUCUCGCAAAAAUAUUGAAAAACAAAACAAAGACAAGAAGGUUAGAGAAUUGCUCAGUGAAGAUUGUCACAUUCUCCACUCCAGGAACUCUUUUUUUUCUCUACAAGGCAGCUUUGACCCACUUUUCUGUGAGAAAGCUGAAGAGACUUGCCUAGAGAAAGGCUGAACAUACAUUGGAUAAAUGAGGGGAAUUAACGCAGAGUUCCACCGUUUCUUGAUCUUCUUGGCCAGUUUAGACACUUGAGCUCAUUCAUUCAGUGAGAAAUAGCUGAAUCCCACUGUUUCUUAUCACCCCAUUCCUUGAGUUUCCUUUCCAGUGGUUGUAGCAAUAUUCCAAACUGUCCUCCACUGAGCAACAAUGGAAUGCCUGAAUUUACAACUCCAAUCAGCAAGCUCAGAAAAUAACCUGGACAGCCUAGAGACAUACUCUAACUACGAAGAGUCUCUCCCAUCACCUCAAGGAACCCCCUCUCGCCAGGGGCGUCUCGUCAAGCCCAGCAUGAGUUGCAGACGCAAGCGUGAGUUCAUCUCUGAUGAAAAGAAGGAUGCAUUCUACUGGGAGAAGCGCCGUAAGAACAACGAGGCGGCCAAACGCUCCAGGGAGAAGCGACGACUGAAUGACAUGGUGUUGGAAAACCGCGUCAUGGUGCUGAAUGACGAGAACUGCCGCCUGAAGACGGAGCUGCUGCAGCUGAAGCUGCGCUUUGGCCUUAUCACCACUGCCUCCUACAUGGAGAAGAGCCAGCAGCUCACUAGUGGAGGCAACAAUGGAGGCAAUGGGAGAUCCUCCACAUCCAUUUACUACUCCAGCGGCUACUCCAGCAGCUCCCAGGUGAUGAUGAACUCUGACUCCUCGGAGACUGAGCAGUCAGGCAGCGGGGGGGGGCAUAGUCAACUGGUGACGUCCUCCCCCCAUGGGUCCCUUUCAGACAUGUCAGAUGGGUCCUCCCGGGACAGCCCAGAGCCUGCGGUCUACGGGAUCAAGCAGGAGGAUAGCAACCUGGAGAUGGACAUUGGAAGCAGCAUGUUCAACGUCCACCAUAGCCUGUCCUCCACACAUCACCAGGAGGAGAUGGAGUCGGUCUACCACAGCCAACAGCACCACUCCUACCACCACCAGGAGAGCAUCACAAGCCAGACCAGUCAGGUCCCUCCACCCACCCAACAGAGGAGUGUCAUACUCUAUCGCUCCAGUAGUGCCUCCUACCCUGGGGAGAGCCAAAGGCAGCAGGACAUAGAUCAACAGACAGCCCAACAGCAGAGUGCUCAGGCCAGCCAGGCUCGAGAGAGCCACACGGAAAGCUCAGAGAGACUGGCAGAGGUGACCAAGCAGAUGGAGAGGAAGACACUAGACUCCCCUCCGUACCACUACUCAGACUGCCACAGCGAGGCAGGAGAGAGGCAGGUGUACAGAGCUCUGCAACAGGAGCAAAAGAUCCAGACGGGCCUCGCUCCAGACAUCCUCCAAAAACAGGAAGCUGUCACGUCCCACCUGUACCACAACCAUGCUAGUCACUGCUAUCUUAGCGCCCAGGACGAGGAGCCCCCCAUACUGACCUAUGAGGGCGGGGCCAGGAGUGAGGGGUACUACCAAGAACACUCAACCUCAGGCAAAGACACCUCCUCUAGUGACAAUGACCCCCGCAGCUCUGACAAGGAGGCCUCCACGGACGACGAGUCCCCGUCCUCCUCCUUCUCUGACGCCGGGAGUUACCUCCAGCACUUGUCUGUCUCACACCAGCCAGGGUCCCCUCUGCCCUCCCCGCAGGGCUCCUCCCAAUGCCAAAGCGGGGACACCCAGGCAGAGGUUAAGGGCACUGCCCUGCCUCACAAACUGCGUCUCAAACACAGAGCCAUGAGCUCCCAGCAGGACUCUCCCACCACCACUCCUCCUUCCUCUAUCCUGCCCCAGCACCCUUACCUGGCCCUCACGCAACAGCAGAGCGGCAAAGAGAGGGAGAGUGAGAGCCAGCCCCCCACAGGGUUCUAUAAGCAGCCGUCCACAGCUGAGUCUAGGAAGGAGAGUGGGAAAAAGGAGUCGUCAAGCGGACGCCGUAACAACAAACGAGACUAAGUGCCUAUAGAACACUUGAGGGCAACACAAAUUUGUUGAGGUUUCUUACAUUGUGAGGUGCCUCUGAUGCUGCCUUAGAUCAAAAUACGCUCUUUCCCUUUCCCCUCCUCAAUCUCAAUCCACUAUCAUUCCUUUACCCCCAUCUACACCUCCCUCGCCUUCAUGUCCUGGGACUAAAAAGCUGGAUUGAAGCCCAAAACAGUACUGGACUUCUGGGGGAACAGUAUUCUAUGUGUAUAUAUUGUAUAUACACUUUUCAGUUCUUGCAUCUUCUCCAUAAUUACAGAAGGACUUUUGUUUAUAAAUGAGAGGAGGGAUGAAACUCUUUCAUAUCGUUUUUCGUCAAACCACAGUUGGUCAUUUCAAAUGAGAAUAUAAGUUGACCAUUAUUGGAACUAUAUUGUCAACUUUCAGUGCCCCUCCUAAGGUGCACAUCUGGCGUUAGACAAACAUAGCAGCAACAUUCUGGGAACAUUCCCUUGACCAAAGAUGCAACACAAUGAGAAGUUCCAUCCCUCUUCCCUAACCCUACCUCUACCAAUCUAUAUUUCCCUUCCCAUCUCCAUGAUCUCACACAGCCAAUCCAUUAUCUUUCUUGUUCAAGCACUUGGUUUGUAUAUUACUGUAAAUUUACCAAUAAUUUAUAAAUAUAUAUUUUUGAAGAAAACAAACAAAAAUGUCACAACAAUGCAACAAACUGUUGAGGCAAGAAAGGACUUGGACGUUAUCAUCCUGUUUGUCAGAAUUACUGUACAGUCACAUUGUGUCUACUGUUGCAAACUCCUCUUAAGUUAAAAAGCCUUUCAUGUAAUCACUUUAACUCUGUUUACAGAAACAUGGCCAAUAGCUUUUUUUUUUUUUUUUUAUUUUUUUUUAUUUUAUCCCCUUUUCUCCCCAAUUUUCGUGGUAUCCAAUCGCUAGUAAUUACUAUCUUGUCUCAUCGCUACAACUCCCGUACGGGCUCGGGAGAGACGAAGGUCGAAAGUCAUGCGUCCUCCGAAGCACAACCCAACCAAGCCGCACUGCUUCUUUAACACAGCGCGCCUCCAACCCGGAAGCCAGCCGCACCAAUGUGUCGGAGGAAACACCGUGCACCUGGCCCCCUUGGCUAGCACGCACUGCGCCCAGCCCGCCACAGGAGUCGCUGGAGCGCGAUGAGACAAGGAAAUCCCUACCGGCCAAACCCUCCCUUACCCGGACGACGCUAGCCCAAUUGUGCGUCGCCCCACGGACCUCCCGGUCGCGGCCGGCUGCGACAGAGCCUGGGGGCGAACCUAGAGACUCUGGUGGCGCAGUUAGCACUGCGAUGCAGUGCUCUAGACCACUGCGCCACCCGGGAGGCCCCAAUAGCUUUUGAAAUGCAGCUUACCUGUUAUUGCAGUAGAUGUUUAAGAUCUUAGACAGCAUUCAAUCAAAGUCAAUCUGAGACAGAACUAGGCUGCUGGCCUAAAGUUGAGCAUCAUCAACAGUCUAACUUCCACUGUUCCCAUGUCUUAGCCCAAUGUAUUUAUUCCUAUGCCCACGUCUGCAGAAAACCCAAUAGGAGCACAGACUAAAAUAUGAAUGUGUAUAAACUUUAACAUAUGUUUGGGUAUCGAGGCCAGUGUCUACCCCAUACUGAGACUGUAAACUCUAUCAACAGUGAACUGUUUUGUCGUCCGAGUUAAAGCUCAAGUUAAAACCGUAAAGUGGGGAAAUAUAGGGGAGAGAGUUAUUUUAAGUAUAGUAAUAUAAUCUAAAUGAUAUGUUUGAUAUUUGAACUCUGAGUGAGGCCACCUAGUCUCCUCUGCAAAUCGACACACUACACAAUGCACUGAGCUCAGAACCUCAGGCUUCUGACCUGACGUCGAUCCACUGCCCUAGAGACACCGAGUUAAACCUAGAUACUAGGUAAUUGGAUCUCUGAAACAGAGGCUAAUUUACUAUAUUACACAAAUAGCCCAUGACAUUAGAAAAACCUGGUUAAGAAUAUUCAGAGCUAUUGCAAUUAAGUUUUGUAAAAACUAAGGACAAUCUCUACUUUGUUAAUGAAAUAGGGAUUUCCCCUUUUUCUAAUGUGCUUCUGUAGUGUAAUACAUGGGGCAUCCACCCCCAGCCUUUAUUUUCCUCGUAUUGGGUGACAAUGAGAAGCCUGCACUGUACCACACAGUUUUAUAAAGUAUAUGUACCAUGUUUAGCUUUUUUGCCACUUGUGUAUAAAUGUAAAGCUUUCCCUCUCUGACAACACUGUAAUGUUAUUGUCAUUGUUUUAUUUUCUGAUGUUGUUCUGUUAUUAUCUUCGUGUGUCUUUCUCCUAUUGACCGUAAUGAUGUAUUUGCGCCAUACCACCAUCCUCCCCUUUUUCAAUGUGUUUUAAAUCAGUGAUGCUUGUGUUUUUGCUAAUGGUUUUAUGAAAAAGAUUCAAAAAAGACAAAGAUGCAGACGAGACUAGUGUGGUGUUUAGCAGUAGGUGGUGUCUAGGUCGCCACCACCCCUUCUUUUUGACAUGGCUGUGUAUGUAAAGACACUAAUAUUCAUCAUGGAAGAUGGAUGCAUUUCAAGAUUGAAAACAAUAAAAAGGAUGUUGAAUUUCUCAACAUAUCGUAAAAAUA